AAAUAUCUCUCGUCUUUCCAGAAAAAGAAGGAAAAAGAGAAUGGAGAAAGUGGUGUUGGCCCCAUAAAGUAAAGUAAAACUGAUACGGCACACAGAAUUACAUUUCACAGUCAACACAAAGUCCAAACUUUUUUAGCUCAUUCAUUCCCUUUCUUGAUCUCCUCUCGUCAACCCCGAUUCUAUACAUUUUUAUCCCUAAUCCAAAUUCCGGAACCGUUGCCUCCUUUCUUUUUUUUUACUUGAUUUCGACAUCAUCAAGAUUGCAGGCCAAUCGCGCCUUAUUUCCUUAUCACGAUUCGUAAAUUUUUUCGAUUCCUCAAUUGGGCUUUGAGUAAGCAUACGCUGAAACCGUGUGAAAGUCCCAGCAUUCAUUUAUUGCGUUGAUCUUACUGCGCUGAUGAGAAAUUUUAGAGAUGGGAAUAUACCUCAGUACUCCUAAAACUGAGAAAUUCUCCGAAGAUGGUGAAAAUGAUAAACUUAGGUUUGGUCUGUCCUCCAUGCAAGGAUGGCGUGCUAAUAUGGAGGAUGCUCAUGCUGCAGUUCUGAAUUUGGAUAACUCCGCAUCAUUCUUUGGUGUUUACGACGGUCAUGGAGGUAAGGUGGUUGCCAAAUUCUGUGCUAAGUUCCUGCACCAUCAAAUACUGAAGCAUGAAGCAUAUUUAGCUGGUGAUAUUGGAGCAGCUCUUCAGAAAGCUUUCCUCAGGAUGGAUGAAAUGAUGCGCGGACAGAGAGGCUGGAGGGAGUUGGCUGUCCUGGGAGAUAAAAUAAACAAGUUUAGUGGUAUGAUAGAGGGUCUGAUAUGGUCUCCAAGAAGUGGUGACAAACAUGACCAAGUUGACGAAUGGACAUUUGAGGAGGGACCACAUUCUGAUUUUUCUGGACCAACUUCUGGAAGUACUGCUUGUGUUGCAGUCAUCGCGGAGAAGCAACUUGUUGUUGCCAAUGCAGGUGAUUCGCGCUGCGUGAUUUCUAGGAACGGUCAGGCAUACAACCUUUCAAGAGACCAUAAACCUGAACUGGAGGCUGAGAGGGAGAGAAUUUUAAAAGCAGGAGGAUUUAUCCACGCGGGGCGUGUUAAUGGCAGUUUGAACCUUUCAAGAGCUAUAGGUGAUAUGGAAUUCAAACAGAACAAAUUUUUGCCUGUAGAAAAACAAAUAGUUACUGCCGAUCCAGAUGUCAAUACCGUUGAACUUACAGAUGAGGAUGAGUUCAUUGUGCUUGCCUGUGAUGGCAUUUGGGAUUGCAUGUCGAGCCAACAACUUGUGGAGUUCAUACAUGAACAGCUGCGACAUGAGAGUAAGCUCUCGUUGGUGUGCGAGAAAGUACUAGACCGGUGCUUGGCACCUAUAGCCGGAGGCGAGGGCUGCGACAACAUGACCAUGAUACUGAUCCAAUUCAAGAAACCCAACCAGUCAGGAGAGCCUUCAGACAAGAAAUCCCCAGCUUCUGAUCCAGAGUCAUCAUCUAAAGCCACCUCGGAGUGAAUGUUGAUCAAAUGAAAACUCGUUUGUAGCCUACCCGAACCAAUGGCACCGAGUGAGGGUUCGUCUCUAAAUGCUUGGACGACCUUGUCGGGAGGCUUGGAGCUGCUGCAGCCAACAUAGGCGUUGCUCGGAAAAAGGUAUGCCUUCUUGCAUAUUUGACUGAUGUAAUGUGUGAAGAAUUUGUAUAGGUAAUUUGACUGCAUGUUUGAAUAGCUCUAGUUCUGCUCGAACAUGAUCGCUUGUAAUUUGGUUUAUCUAAUAAAUUUCCUUUAUGAAAUGACAUUUCAUGCUCA